AAGGGCACACAUUUUGCACCGGAAGUGACGUGACAUUCUUAUAUAUAUAUCGAUCUAUCUGUAUUGAUUUAUUACACUGAUUUUUUGACCUUAAUUCUAAUCCGAGGGAUGGAGGUCCUUACGGCUGCGGCGUCUGGGGGCAUCGCAACGCUGUGUUCUACAAUCAUCCCCCUGACUGGGUUUGCGUGGAUUCCAAGCUGGUGUCCUGCUCACAAUGCUGCCGCGGAUCUGGAAAGUCGAUUGUCAAGGCAUGCACAUCUCUAUCCUCCGGGAUCGCCAGGGUAUAUCCAGGGCACAAAACGCUGGUCAGCCCUAGAUGAACCGGAUAUUGCCCUGGUGGUGGAGGUCGCGACCGCAGAAGAUGUGGUAGAAACGAUCCAAUAUGCCAAUGAACAAAGUAUCCCCUUUGUGGCAUACAGUGGAGGCCAUGGAACCAUGACUACCCUGGGAGAUGUGGAAAACGGCAUCGAGAUUUGGAUGCACAAAUUAGACUCGAUCUCGAUCGCGGACGAUGGGCAGACCGCUACAUUUGGCGGAGGCGUCUCCUCGAAACAGGCCAUGGACUCACUCUGGGCCCAAGGGAAGCAAACGGUAACUGGAGCGUGCGAGUGUACGGGGCUGCUUGGGCCGGCCCUGGGUGGUGGCCACGGUUUCCUCCAAGGAUGGUACGGACUCAUGGUGGAUCAAUUCGUCUCGAUGGAUCUGGUUCUCGCCAAUGGAACCCUGAUCACUCUCGACGAGGAUUCAGACUUAUGGUGGGCUGUCAAGGGAGCAGGACACAACUUUGGCAUCGUCACCUCGGUCACGAUGAAAGUCUACGAUGUGCCCCAUGACGGCCUCUGGUCUUACCAAAGCUUUAUCUUCACGCACGAAAAGGUCGAGCAAUUGUAUGAAACCAUCAACGAGGUUCUUCUCCAAGACGGCAACCAACCCGUGGACCUGAUCAACUACUCGGUCUUCUUGAACCUGCCCGAUCUGGAUCCAGACCAUUCCGUCAUUCUCUUUGCCAUUUUCCGCGAAGGAGUGCCUGCCGUGGAGGACAAAUACACGAAGCCCUUCAUCGAGAUCGGCCCCAUCGUAACCAGCGGGGACAAAGGCACCUACCACGAUAUCCCCACCUGGUCUGGCUUUGCUAUUGAUUCCCCUGUUUGCAUGAAGACCGGAUUGGCGAGUAUGCGCUUCCCGGUGGACCUACAGAGAUACAAUCCGCUGGUCCAGCGCGCAACGUACGAUAUCUUUUCAAGUGUCACGCAUCAGAACCCUGCCUUGAACAACUCGAUGUUCCUCUGGGAAGGCUACUCGCUCCAGGGGGUCCAAAGCAUCCCCGCCGAAUCCACUGCUUAUCCCAACCGGGCAGGCAAUCUCCUGGUUUCUCCCGUCAUCACAUAUGAACCUUCGGGUCUGGAGCGCGAGAUCGAGGCCCGUGCGUUUGGGGAAUCGCUGCGCCAGAUAGUCCAUCACGGCAGUGGACAGAAGGAAUUGUAUGCGUAUGUGAACUACGCAUUUGGCGACGAGGGUCCACGGAGUUGGUAUGGAUACGAGCCCUGGCGUUUGGACCGUCUGCGCGAGUUGAAGGCCAAGUAUGACCCAGAGCACCGAUUUAACUUUUAUGCUCCUUUUACUUGAUGAUAUAUACGCAGACUAUAGUUACCUGGCUUUUUGUAUGAGGUUAUUGAAGUAUUAUUGAUGAAUGAUCGAAUUCCGUUGCUGCUCAUAGAUUGAUUGGAUGUCCUCACAUGCUCCAACGUGUAUCGGAAAAGACGCUCGGUUGACUAAAUACACCCAGUUUUUCGU